AUGCUGAAGCUGCAUGUCUGGGGCCCAGUCUUUGGGGUCCCCUCCAUUGACGCCGAGUGCAUCGCUGCCAUCACAUACCUCCACAACGCCGUGUCUGAUGGUGUUCAGUUCUGCAUCGUUCCCAGUAACGACGCCUCCGUUAGUCCAUCGAACCUGCUUCCCGCCUUGAAUCAUGACGGGGUGUGGACGAGCGGUUACCGCGCGAUUGUGAGAUACCUCGUCUCGAAUUCGCUCGCCGCGGACCGCGACGCCGAGCUGACUGCCGUGCAACGCGCCGAUGUCGCCGCCUUUAGCGCCUACCUCGGCGUCCAUGCCUCGGCCUUGCUCGACCUCUCCCUCUACGUGUCGGCGGCCAACUGGUCCGCCACGACGCGGCCUGCGUACUCGUCGCUGCUCAGCUUCCCCCUGACCUGGACCGUGCCCCCGCUGAUUCGCGCCGAGGCCAUCCAGCGCGUCGAGCAUCUCGGCCUCGCGGAGCUCGACACCGACUUUGACCCUCAUGGCGGCCUGCAUCUGACCGCUGGCAGGGAUGCCCUGCCGGAGACGUUCCGCAAGCAUUUACCAGGGACCUCCAAACACAAAAACACUGUCAAGGAGGAAAUGACCCCCGAGCAAGCAGUUGCCAUUCGACUUUUCAGCUUGACUGAAGACUGCUUGGGAACACUGGAAACCCUUCUGUCGAAAGAGCAAAAACGGCCGCGCUUCUUCCCCGGGCAAUACUUGACAUCUUUAGACUGUCUGGCGUUUGGCUAUCUUGCCUUGAUGCUGAAGGCACCUGUGCCGCGAGCGUUCCUCAGGGAUUGGAUGACAGAACACGCGCCACAUAUCACGGGUUUCGUUGACGAUAUACUGGCCAACCAUAGCCCCUCAGCAGGCAGGUUGCCCUGGGUUGCUUCACCUCAGCGCGGCUAUCUAUCUGCCACUGGCAGGGUGCUCGACUCCAUUAUCCGGCACACACCUGUCCUUGGCGGGCAUUACGCCAGUGAGGUUCGUCGCCGCUGCGAAGAGAAGACUGUCGGUGUCGACCAGCGGGCUGCGUCGCUAUUGGCUGGGCUGCUCUUCACCGGGGCUACGUUUGGCUAUCUAGCGUAUUGGUACCGCAAUCUUGCGGCGUUUGGCGCCCGCUCACAGAGUUGGCGCUCACACCGACCGGGUAGCUCUCGUCUCAGUCAGUUUGGUGAGCUGGGUUCCAUGCUUGACAGCGUCCUUGGCCCUGUUCAGCCUGCUGCGAGCCCCAUGGCCGCCGGUGCGGGGACAGGCGGCCGCAUCGUCGACAUCGACUCUGAGAUUGACUGA